UCAUGAGGCCUUCUUCUUCCUCUCUGCCCCAGCCCCCGGUUUGCCCGCGGGCACCAGACAGAGUGGCACCAGGCUCAGCAGCAGCAGGGACACAAUCACACUCACGAGAGGAUGCACACGAUCCCUCACCCACUCGUAAAAAGACCAAGGGCUUCCACGGGGCGUGAGCAGGUGUGGCGGGAUGGCGAAGGGCUGCCAGGCUCCGUAGGAGCUCUGGUCACCAGAGGCCAGGGCGUCCCAGAAUCCGCAGCGGUGUCUCCGCUUGACCACAUCUUGUAUCAGAUGCAUGUUCCUCGGCUCGAUCUCAAGCGUCGCCGACCAAGUAGACGGGUCAAACACCUCCCACACGACCCCAUUGCCGAGCCGCACCACCUCCUCGCCACGCAUGAAGGCCGCAAUGCCCUUGAGAUAGUCCUCCAUCAGCUCCACAUGCUCCCUCCCGAAAGUCAUCCGCUUGCCGAACCAAGGCAUGGCAAAUCCCUCCUGGUCGAUCUGGCCAAGCGUAUAGAUCAUGUCCACGCCGUGGAACGCCCCAAUACCCAUCUUUCUGGCCUCGUCAGGCACCACUUCCCACAGCCCCAGCCGCACGGGCCAGCCCCUCGCUGCCAGCUGAGAGGCCAAAUAGCGGUUCGGGCACUGGAACAUGGCGUCGCCGGCAGCACCGGUGGCCACUGAGAGAACCCCCCGCCGCUUCGCCAGUGCUCGAUACUCGGCGUAAACCUUCGCCCCUUUCGUCGGCCCGUAGCUGUGGACGAAUAUCUCCUUGAGCUGGGCAGAAGUGGCGUUUUUUAGCAUAUCGGCCGCAUCAAGGCCGAAGAGUGUGUACUCGUUGGCACUCGUGGUGAUGAUGAUCGGCUUCCUCUGAAAGAGGCCGAGCUUUGGCGCGUUGAGGAGGUUUGGCAGAGGCACCACACGGCGGUCAUAGAUGGGCGCGUGCACGGCGGGGUAGCUGUUGAGAGCAGGCGCCUGCCCAGUCGCCAUGAGCGUCAGCGGAGGCUGAAAGGCCGUCAGGUUCUGCCAUGGGAGAGUUCGAAGGUCAUCGAGGCUCUUGGCACCAACGGCGCUGACGAAGGGCUCCCCCCUGCAUCUGUAGGCCUCCUCGAGGCUAAUGGCGCGAUAGCCGAUGGGGGCGGAGGAGACAAUCGCUGCGCGGAAGAGGCCGGCGCUGGGUCGCCACAUGAGGUGGUUUAGAACACUCUGCGCACCUGCCGACACGCCAUAAAGCGUUACUCGCGAUGGAUCACCACCGAAAGCCCCGAUGCUUCUCUGAAACGAGGCAAGCAACAAAUCAGUCAGUCAUGCACCUUGACAUCUCCUAUCACUCACCUGCACCCAUUCGAGCGCUAGCCGCUGGUCCUCAAGCAUGAUAUUGGUGGUUGUGCCCAGCCACGGAUGCGCCAAUGUACCCAAGACACCCACGCGAUAGUUGAAGCCCACAACAAUCGCUCCAGUGAUCCUCAGGAAUGCCUCCCCGGGCGCCCACCACUGCUCCGCCGUCCCCGAGCCGAAUGCAAAGCCGCCUCCAUGGAUAACGACCAACACAUGCCGCCUCUCCACUCGCGGUGCCGCCUCAUCAGUGGCCGUCAGCUCAUGGCCAUAAGGCGUCCACACACUCAGCUGCAGACAGUCCUCACUCAUGAUGACCAAAGCACCACUCUUGUCGGUGGGUUGCGGGCACUUGACUGCCUUGCCGCGGCCGUCAUAGGGCUCAGUCCAGCCUGUGUGCGGCUCUGGCAGCUGCCACCGCCGCUCGUGUGUGGGUGGAAGGGCGUAGGGGAUGGCCUCGAACAGGAAGAUUGGAGGUGCAGACGUGUUGGAAGGAAGAGGGUGGCCAACCACUGGGCCACAUGGGGUGGUCACUGUCACGGCUGCUGCCGGUUCUUCAGAAGCUCGAGCCAGAAAAGGGAUAAGGGACGCCAGAGCCAAAAUAACCUGCCUGAGCAU